AUUGCGGCUCCUCCUGCUCCUCCUCCAUGCCGGCGCCCGGGCGCCCGACGCACUGAGCCGGCAGGGCGAGCUCGUUCCCUGCCCGGGAUCUGGUGGUGGUUGUGGCUCCUUCUUCUUGGCGGAGGAAUUGUGGACGCCGCCUUCGCUUGCCUGGUCGUCGUCCUCGUCCUCGUCGUCUUCCUCCGCGGAGUUGGCGAGCCUUUGGGACAGGACCCGGCGGCGGCGGCGCCCCCGACCAUGGUAGCGCGCCGGGGGGGAUCCCCGUUCGGGAGGUGCUGCUGGGGGAUCUGGGUGCUUUUGUGCCGGACGGUGCUGGCCAGCUCGCUGGUGCUCGAGCCCAUCUACUGGAACUCCUCCAACUCCAAAUUCCAUCCUGGACAAGGACUGGUACUAUACCCAAAGAUCGGAGACAAACUGGAUAUUAUAUGCCCGAAGGUGGACUCUAAAACUAGUGGCCAGUAUGAAUACUAUAAGGUCUAUAUGGUUGAUAAAGACCAAGCAGAUAGUUGCACUAUUAAAAAGGACAACACACCUCUGCUCAACUGUGCCAAGCCUGAUCAAGAUGUUAAGUUUACCAUCAAGUUUCAAGAAUUCAGCCCUAACCUCUGGGGACUGGAAUUUCAGAGAAACAAAGAUUAUUACAUCAUAUCAACAUCUAAUGGAUCAUUGGAAGGCCUGGAUAACCAGGAGGGAGGGGUGUGUCAGACAAAAGCCAUGAAGAUCCUAAUGAAAGUUGGACAAGUUCCCAAUUCUGGUGGGUCCCCAAAUAAUGCUGAUCCAACUAAACGCCCGGAACAGGAAGCUGGUACCAACGGGAAAAGCUCUACAACAAGUCCCUUUGUAAAGGAUCAUGCAGGUCCCAACUCAGAUGGAAGCAAGGCUGGACAUUCCAGUAUCCUUGGUUCAGAGGUGGCCUUAUUCGCAGGGAUAGCUUCAGGGUCCAUCAUAUUCCUCAUCAUCAUCAUAACUCUGGUGGUUCUAUUGUUGAAGUACCGGCGGAGACACAGGAAGCAUUCUCCCCAGCACACGACGACGCUGUCACUUAGUACAUUAGCCACCCCAAAACGCAGUGGGAACAACAAUGGGUCUGAACCCAGUGACAUUAUCAUUCCUCUGAGGACUGCAGAUAGUGUAUUUUGCCCACACUAUGAAAAAGUCAGCGGCGAUUAUGGACACCCAGUUUACAUCGUUCAAGAAAUGCCCCCUCAGAGCCCAGCAAACAUUUAUUACAAGGUCUGAUGAACACUCAGCGCGGUACCUUUUUCAGAGCUCUCUCUCUCUCUCUGGUCAAAAUGCUAUCCGUGACGCAGGGGUGGGGUGGGGUGGGGGGGUUGUGAUGAGCCCCUGCGCUGGUUACUGGACCAGGUGCAGCGGAGGGAACGGCAAGCCCCACCCUGUGACAAGAGAGCCACGUUGAGAUGGACAGCUUCCCUAGCCUGUAGAAUUCCUGCCUUGGUGAACAAGCAUUUACUUGGAAGCUGGAAGGAUUUGCAUAGAAGAUACCUGCCCCCCCCCCAAUUGCUGUACGUUGAUCACCUCCUAAGCCAUGUGCUGCUGGCAUCCAGACACGUACGAAAAGCCCAGGGAAGAUGGAGCAACUCGUGGACGCUAAUGGUUUUUAGGCGUUUGGGGAGGGAGUCGGAAGUCAUCCAGCUUGAAACGCAGCCCUGUGACUUUGUGUGUACUUUCUCUCUUAAGAGCUUGCGGAUUUGUCAUACAGACCAGCUUUUAAGUAAGACUUUUUAAUCAUCCUUCUUGCUUUUAGUCAGUCCCCUGAUGCAUUUUACUUCAGUCGGGUAGCAAUCUUCACACUAGUAUUCAUUCACACUCCUCAACCUACAUCACUACUGGAAAGCAUAUAAUUAUAAUUAUUUUAUUUUUGCCAUUCCAUACACCAUCCAUUUGUGGUAGCAGCCUCACUUGAAUGAUUAGUGCUUUUUCGGGGGGUGGGGAGGGGAAGGGUGGAACCGGGCUUGCUUAAAUAAAGGAAUCUUCCGUCCCGAAGCUAGCUUGUCAGCAGAGCCAAGGAUAUGAGAUAAGUGGUGCAUGGGAAGCAGGAGAAGGGCUGAUCGAAUGUUGUUGCCUCUGGAAUAUCAACUGGGCCGAGCCAGACAAUUUAGGCAGCGCAGCACUUUUGAUAUCUGGAGUUCUAGGAAGCAAGUUGGAACACACAGCAACACAAGCAGCUGAAUAGGGUCUGCGUUUGAAGGGUGCCAAGGUUGUUCUCCAAUAGCAAUGUGCGGGAGAGGAUAGUUCUCUCCCUUUAAAGUAGGACAAAGAGUGUAAGGAAAAUGGACGUGCCUGGGAGACAAGACAAUAGUGAUAUAUGAGGGCAGGACUGCUGGGGUACUUACUGUGCCAGCAAUAAGAUGUACAGCUUUGAACUAGCUGUAGCAAAAUCUCGGUCUGCUUCAAAUGACAUUUCUCUUUCUUUCUUUCUUUCUUUCUUUCUUUCUUU